AUGGAUAUUCCUAGUGAUUCUUCAUGGACCAUGAGGAAGAUCCUUGGUUUAAGGAAAUUGUGCCAACCUCUUAUUAGAUAUCAUGUCGGUAAUGGGGCAAAUACCUUCCUUUGGCUAGAUAACUGGCACAUUCUGGGACCUUUGUAUGCUAAAUUUGGUGAGAGGGUUGUGACUAAUUUGGGCAGAGCUUUAUGGGCUAAAGUGGCUACUAUCAUUGACCAAGGAGAUUGGUGCUGGCCCAAAUUGGGAAAUCAGUCCAUUCAAGCAAUUAUGGCUCCUACUCCUCCCAGUUUGAGACCAAAUCUUACUGUUGAAGACUCUGUUAGUUGGAUACCUCACCCAAGCGCCAUCUUCAUUGUUAGGUCAGCUUGGAAUGCCAUUAGGAAGAGGUAUCCUAUUCAGCCUUGGCACAAGAUUAUAUGGACUGGUAAUGCAGUGCCUAGAUGGUCUUUUAAUCUUUGGUUGGUUGUCCUUCAAAGAUUGAGCACAAAGGAUAGCAUUUGGUUAAUAAGAACAUGGUUUUGGAUUCCUAGCAACUUGGUGGAGGUCCUUGAUUGGUAUGGUGUGCAGAGAUUUCCUAAGCACAAGGAGAAACGUAAAGCAAUCUCUGAAGAAUCAAGACCUAUGCAGAUAUUGGCUGUUUUUAUGGUUAUAUUUGUUGGUUGUUAUAUGGAAUUCCAUCCUUAG